GGGCGCCGUGGCAGGAGGCCUGUCACUCAGCGGGUAGGGGUCCCAGGCUGGUCGAGAAAUGGCGCGCCUCAGCGGCCUCCUUGAGGAGUUCAUUAUAACCAGCUGACCAAGGAAGAAACAAAGUUGAGCCUGGUUUAUAAAUAGCUAUGCAAGGUAUUCUUCACCACUUGAAAGUGGGCAGCUGGAUUACUACAUACUAUCCAGAGGCAACUCUGAAAGAUAAUGAUAGAGAAUAUCACUUUCCACCAUGAAGGAUUCUUCUGGAGAUGUUGGUUUAAUGGGAUGGUGGAAGAAAAUAACUCCAACAUCUGGAAGUUCUGGUACACCAAUCAGCCACCGUCCAAGAACUGCACACAUGCUUACCUGUCACCAUACCCCUUCAUGAGAGGCGAGCACAACUCAACUUCCUACGACUCUGCCAUUAUUUACCGUGGUUUCUGGGCAGUCUUUAUGCUCCUGGGGGUGGUCACAGUGGUGACCGCCAGCUUUCUGAUUAUCUGCGCAGCCCCCUUCGCCAGCCACUUUCUCUAUAAAGCCGGAGGAGGCUCCUACAUUGCGGCAGGUGUCCUGUUUUCACUGGUGGUGUUGCUGUAUGUCAUCUGGGUCCAGGCAGUGGCCGACAUGGAAAGCUAUACGAGCAUGAAAAUGAAAGACUGCUUGGAGUUCACCCCUUCCGUCCUGUAUGGCUGGUCAUUUUUCCUGGCUCCAGCUGGGAUUUUUUUUUCUCUGAUGGCUGGGUUGCUCUUCCUACUUGUUGGACGACAUAUUCAGAUACAUCACUAAUCAAACCAUUGCCACCCGCAUUUUUUGAGAGAUUUUUAAAACAGAGCUUAUUUGUGUUUUCAUAAUGGUAUCAACAUAAUGUUAGUUGAUGUACCUUUUGUUAUCUUGAAGGAAUCAUUUUACUUAUUAUUUCCUCUGUAAGAAGGUUCUAGAAUUUUUCUGAACACCAACAUGUUUGCAUCUUUUUUAAGUACUAGUAAGGACUUAAUCUCUAGGGAGCAGGUAAAUAGGCCUUCCUUUCAUUUCAUAUUUUGGAGUUCAUAGGGAUUGCAAAGGUCUGACAGUAGCAUGCGACCCUUACCUGGUCAAAUCAAGGUUGGUUUAAAGUCUCCUUGCUCACAUUCACUUCUGCCACUGAUUAAGGAAAAGAAAACUUAGGAGAAUAAUUAAAGAUGAAAAUAAAUAUCAGAAAAUGUAUUUCAUUUCUUCUCUACCCACAUACAUAUCCAUGUACCCAUCGACAGUCUCCUGUAAGCAAAUUAUUCAUUACUUAAAAAUAGACUGCAGUUGUUCCUGUUAACAGGAGCCAGGGACUCCUAAGUUAAAAUGGGCAACAGCAAAGGAAACCAAGAGUGUUUAUUCUACUUUCUUACCAACAAUAGUUUGAUCACCUAACUUUAUUCUCCUAACUGUACAUGCUUACACAAACCUUCAACUACAUUUAAAAGCAGUAUAUCUGUAUACCAACUUCUGUAUACUGCAGACGAGAAUUUUAUGAAUUUAAAGGGGAUUAAUUAUGUAAUGUAAUAUGGUUUAAAAUAUGUAAAAAAUCAAGCACCUCAGCUUAGUACAUAAUUCUAUUUGAUAUUUUAAAAUUCCCACUUAAAAAUCAUAUUGCUAAGAUUUUCUGCCUGUGAAAAUUUAUAGAUGAAACAUGCUUUUAAUAUUCUCUAGCUAUAAAGUUUCAAAAUACUUCCAUAUGAGGAUCAUAAUAGUCUUGCUUUAUGAAAGAACAUGAAAUAUUAACUUUCCCCCAGAUUUUGUGGGUUCCAAUUCUUCUGCUCACUUGAUUCCCUUAGUCACUGCCCCUCAAUGUCUUCACCUUUACCAUAGGUGUGUUCACAUUCACAGAUCCACAAUUUUCUUUAACCUCCUGGAAGAAAAGGAAUAAUUUCAUGUUAUUCAGGAGCACAGACAUUUGCAUACCAAAGAUGUUUGUUUGGCUCGAAUGUUGAUUGAAAUCAAACCCAUCUGAGGGGCACAGGUUGUGUUUUCAUUCUGGAAGCUUCCAUCAAGGAGAAAUUUGGAACAAAGGAAUGGAGGAACAGCACAGUGUGAAAGCUUUGUUGGAAGCUGAGUUUCAUUUUGCAACUGUGGUGAGAUGGAAAGUGGGACUGAGGCAGAGGAAUGAUCACCUGGAUAUUGCUUUGGGAAAGACGGACUCUCCCUUCGCAUCCAUUCGCAUCCAGCUGUUGCUGCAAUGGAGAACUUUUGCUAGCCCUUUCUGUACAUUGUUUGCUCUAUCAUUACUCCUGUUUCCAGGGGAGGGAACUUUGGAGAAAUAGCAGAGGUCUGAUCUAUCUACCUAAUCAGGAGGGCAUUUUAGUAACAGGACCUGCCUGUAAAUAUAAUAAUUUUUAAAAAGCUCCAGGGGUUUAACUGGUUUCUCAAGUCAUUUCAGUGAUAUCAUAAAUGUGUUUUUGAUGGAACUUUACCUUUGUCUUUUUCUGUUUCAUUUUUAUAUUGCUCCAUUUUGGCUUUUUUGGCUUGAUUAUCAGAAAAUUAACUAUGGGUUCUGUUAUGCUUAAUGCCUGUGAUAUGGUGGCAUGCCAUUAAGUUUUCCCAGUGAUACUGAGAUGUGUUUGAUUAGUUCAUGUCAUUUGAAAAUACAAUUCCUUUUCAUAGAA